GUGAAGUUCAAAGAGACAGUCGAGAGCAACAGUUUAAUAAGUUUGAAACUGAUCGUGAUCGAUAACAGAACUUAAUAAAAAAAAAAAAUUGCAUUAAAAUUUUUCUUCAAUUCGAUCACUUUUCUGUUUACAAUUAAACAUUUUUUUUGCGGCUACUGUAGCUUGCUGCUCGAGAGAUAGAUAUUUUGAAAGUGUAAUCUUGCUGUGCCUUAAUCAUUUAUGUCGUAAAACAAUAGCACCAAAAUCAAUGACUUACAAAAUGACAAAAUUAUCAAUUAUUUUACUUUUGUUGACCUACAUUAUGUCUUCAGUAAAGAGUCAGCACACUUUAUCAGUCAAUAAUGUUGUACCCUCAAGAACAUUUGAAAUCGAUUACAGCAACAACACAUUUCUACUUGAUGGCAAGCCAUUCCAAUUUAUGGGCGGUUCCUUUCAUUAUUUUCGUGCGUUGCCUGAGACAUGGCAGAGAAAAUUGCGUACGAUGAGAGCAGCUGGUUUGCAUGUUGUAACGACUUAUGUCGAGUGGUCACUUCACAAUCCAAAAGAUGAUGUUUAUGACUUCACUGGAAUCGCUGAUCUUGAGCAAUUUAUUCAGCUUGCACAGCAGGAAGAUCUCUUAGUUAUUCUACGGCCUGGACCUUAUAUCUGCGCUGAACGUGACAUGGGCGGAUUUCCUUAUUGGCUACUCAACAAAUAUCCACAAAUUCAAUUGAGAACUGACGAUGCAGACUACAAACUUGAAGUUGCAAAAUGGUAUGCAGUGUUGAUGACUAGGAUGCAAAAGUUUUUGUAUGGAAAUGGAGGUCCAAUUAUCAUGGUGCAGGUAGAAAAUGAAUAUGGAUCAUUUUAUGCAUGUGACGAAAAGUAUAAAGUCUGGUUACGUGAUGAGACGUUUAAAUACACGCAAGGACAGGCUGUUCUAUUUUCAAAUGAUGGACCUGGAAUGCUUAGGUGUGGUAAAAUUCCCGAUGUCUUUGCCUCUCUUGAUUUUGGUGCUGGAGAUGAUAAAACGAUAGAUUCAUUCUGGAAAACAUUAAGGAAGUUCCAGAAGAAAGGACCAUUAAUGAAUGCUGAAUAUUAUCCUGGAUGGCUCACACAUUGGCAGGAAGACAUGCAACGUGUACCGACUGAACCUAUUGUUACAUCACUCGAGAAGAUGAUUAAGGACGGUGCUAGUGUUAAUUUUUACAUGUUUUAUGGAGGAACCAACUUUGGAUUCACAGCCGGAGCAAACGAUGGAGGUCCAGGAAGUUACAAUUCUGAUGUCACAUCUUAUGAUUACGAUGCACCAAUGACAGAAGCUGGAGAUCCAACAGAUAAAUAUAUGGAAAUAAGAAAAAUGAUUGGAAAAUACUUUACACUGCCUGACGUGCCAGUUCCUAGUCCCGUACCAAAAACACGACUAUCUGAUGUACAAAUGAAGCCAAUUUCAGUCUUGAUGGACACAAACAGUAGACGACAUUUAUCAAGCUAUACAGUCAAUGGUCAUACGCCGUUAACAUUUGAGGCUCUUAAUCAGUAUUCAGGAUUUAUUUUAUAUGAAACGAAAUUACCAAAGGUCACACGUGAUCCAGCACAGCUGAAAAUAAAUGACUUAAGAGAUCGUGCUUAUAUUUAUGUUAAUCGGCAGUUUGUCGGUGUCUUAUCACGUGAAAAUGGAAUCAAUUCGAUUCCAUUAAGUCUGACUUUAGGCGAUGAACUGCAAGUUUUAGUAGAGAAUGAGGGCCGCAUUAAUUAUGGAAUUGCGAAUGAUUUUAAAGGAAUUGUCAGUGAUGCUGUCUAUAAUUCAAUGGUCUUAGUUAAUUGGACUAUGACUGGAUAUCCAUUUGAUGAAUAUGAAAAAGUUGAUAAUUUGAUUACCACAUUAAAGAGGAAGUAUGGAAAUAUUCCAAGAACAGCAUCAGCAAAGAGUUAUUUACGUUCUGGUCCGACAAUCUUUUACGGUGAAUUUACAUUAAAGCAGUCAGAAAUUGCAGAUACUUAUUUUGAUCCAACAACUUGGGGUAAAGGCGUUUUAUUCAUCAAUGAGUUCAAUUUAGGCAGGUACUGGCCACUAGUUGGUCCACAAAUCACACUAUACGUUCCAAAAGAAAUCCUUAAAGUCGGUUCCAACAAAGUCUUGAUGAUUGAGCUUGAAAAGGCACCAGAAGAUGGAAUAAUCAAGUUUAAAGACACCCCAAAUCUUGAUGGUAAUUAAAUGCUGAUUUUUUAUAUUAAUGGAAAAAACUUUGUAUUUUAUUGUGAAAUGUGCUUUGAGCAACAUGAUCAUCAAGAAGUUCAUCACAGCCUCUAGCUACUAUUUUUUUUAAUUAGAAAAUUCUAUUCACUCAUUUAAUAAAAAAAAAUCAACUAUUGAUCCACAUUUU